UUUGCGCCUCGGAGGCCAGCGCGCCUGCGCCGGGGGCAGCCGGUCACUGUCGGCCAGGCGUCCCCGGAAGGGGAGCCGCCGGGAAGAUGUGGGUUUUUGGGUACGGGUCCCUCAUCUGGAAGGUGGACUUCCCCUACCAAGACAAGCUGGUCGGUUACAUCACAGACUACAGCCGACGCUUCUGGCAAGGCAGCACUGACCACCGCGGGAUCCCCGGCAAGCCUGGAAGAGUUGUGACUCUUGUUGAAGAUCCUGGGGGUUGUGUGUGGGGUGUUGCUUACAAACUACCAGUAGGCAAAGAGGAGGAAGUAAAAACAUACCUUGACUUCAGAGAGAAAGGAGGUUACAUAACUACAACAGUCAUCUUUUACCCAAAAGACCCUACAACAAAGCCCUUCACUGUGUUGCUAUAUAUCGGAACACGCGAUAACCCUAACUAUCUUGGUCCUGCGCCUCUGGAAGACAUUGCUGAACAAAUCUUUAAUGCAGCUGGUCCAAGUGGAAGAAAUACAGAAUACCUUUUUGAACUUGCAGAUUCUAUUAGAAAACUUGUGCCAGAAGAUGUAGAUGAACAUCUUUUCUCUUUGGAAAAAUUAGUAAAGGAACGUUUAAAAGAAAAUUAGAACCUCAGGACCAUGUAAUGUCACUGACUUUUCCAAAUAAGCAGAGCUUUUUAGUCUUCAGAGAGUAACUUCAGUACACAGUAGCAGUAUGUUCUGGACAUAUGUUUACUUGAAGAUCUUCACUAUUUUAGACAAUAUAGUCAGGAUAUCAUCUAAAUUCAUAGUUUAUUUGCAAGUGACCUGAAACAUAUAUUCAAAAGAUUUACAUACGGAGAAAAAAAAUUCAAGUUAUAAUGAUUUCCUAACUAUAUGAUAACUGAACAGCUACACAUUAGAAAUAUACAAUUCAUUUCUUUUUAUCAGAGUAACCAUGGUUUAAAGUAUAUAAGCAUGAGAUAAUGUUAUUAGGAAUAGACAAUAUAAGAUUUCAGCAUUGAUUAUUAAUGUCCUUGUUAUUCAUGUAUUAAAUGAAACUUUCAAAUUUA